UUUGCGGAGUGAGGAAGUGAGGAUGGUGGGGAUGUGUGGAGGGAGCUGAAAACCUCGGUGCCGCGGGUUAGGGUGACCUACCUGUGUGUGCCCACCGGCCAGAAGUGAUCCAUAAAUAAAACGAAAUGGUGCGGUCGUGUUCUGCUGCUAAUUGUUUCAACCGUCAGACCUCUUUGAGCAGAAGAAAGGGUAUAACUUUUCACAGAUUUCCAAAGGAAGAUGUAAGAAGGAAGCUGUGGGUCACUGCCGUCUCCCUCUCACAUGAAUCCGCUGGAAGUGAGUGGACACCAUCGAUUCACAGCUCUCUUUGUUCCCAGCAUUUUCAGGAUAAGCAGUUUGAUAGAACCGGACAAACUGUCCGCCUGAGGGACACUGCAGUUCCUGCAAUAUUUGCAACAGUUGGCAUCUCUGAGAUGCCCCGACACUGCUCUGCACUUGGCUGCACCUCCCGAGACUCCAGGCAAACAAGAGGAAACAGCAUUUCCUUUCACAGGCUUCCCAGGAAAGAUGACCCCCGUAGAAAUCUUUGGAUAAUAAAUUGCCAGCGUACAGACCCCAGUGGGAAAGGACUUUGGGAUCCAAAUUCUGACUAUGUAUAUUUCUGUUCCAAGCAUUUCGAGAAGAGCUGUUUUGAAGCUGUUGGAACUAGUGGCUAUCAUCGUCUUAAGGAGGAUGCUGUUCCAACAAUAUUUUUGCCUUUCACGAAGCACCGAAGAUCAGCAAAAACUAAAACGCAAAAAAGAAAAACUGCAAAGAACACAAAAGCAAAACGAAAACAGAAUCUUCAACGAAAAUUGAACUCGGGCUUGUCAGAGAAUACCGAUCCCUCAGAGGAUUCAUGCCAGAGGUUUAAUAGUGUCCCUAUUUCUAAUCUUAUGAACUUCCAUGGACUCUGCCCUGAAAAUGUAGAUAUUCCAGUUGACACAGCACCUGCUGAAGGAGCUGUUGCGACCACAGCUGACCACCUAGCACAUCCAGCGGCUACACUGGAAGACAUGGAAGUUGCCUCGGUUAUUAAUGGGCCUAUUUCAGACAAUGGUUUGGACUCUAAUGUGAGGGUUGACAUGACUUCUGAGAUGUCGGAAGUUGCACAAGCAGCUGGUUCCAGUAUAAAGGAAAGAGUAUCUACCCGUCCGGUCUCUCCUUCCGUGUACAUGUUACGCCACCCACAGCCUCCAGGUGCUUAUAUCCAAAGUGAGCAUAGCUACCAUGUUGGAAAUGCUCUGUUAUGGAAGAAGAGAGCUGAGGCUGCCCUAGAAGCACUGAGCAAGGUGCAAAGGCAGCUUGAGGCAUGCAGGCGUAGAGAACAGCGACUGCGUCUUCGAAUCUCUGCUUUGCAGCACGAACAUGUGCGCGAAAGACGAGCACAGACCGAUGUAAGAGAAAAGUUAAAAGAACAUCUUCAGGUUUUUGAGUUGCAGCUCAUCAAUGACUUUGUAUGAUUCUCUAGACUACUACUCAACAAAUGCUGGUUUGUCUGAACAUUGUCACUCUUCUGAGUCAAAACGCAAGAGCGCACUGAAUAACAUUUUGUCCAUAACCAGUACAAACCUUCCCCUAUAUUUUGGAACCCCAAAUGAUGAAGAAUCUACAUCUGUUAAAUAUUUUAGCUUGUGAAAUGGCUCAUCUGUUCAGUUACCAUAGAUCUGAUCUUAAAACCCAAUAUUUCCGCUGCUGGAUGUUCCAAACUAAUUUGACUGUUUUUGCUUUUACAGACAAAUCUUCUUGUGCUUUGUGGGCAAAUUUAACAUUCUUCUAUUUCGUAUUCCUCUGCUAUUUCUAUUUUAUUUGAGUUUGCUCUGUUUUGAAUAAAUACAGCUCCUGGUUUAGAA